AUGUUGACCCUACUACAGGUCGCUAAUAGCACAUCUGUCUCCAUCUCUCUGCCAACGAUAGGAAGAGACCUCAACGUUCCACAAGCGAAUCUGUUUUGGCUUGUGUCGGCAUACCCCCUGAGUUCAGGUUGCCUUCUCUUGGUUUUUGGUCGACUGGCAGAUAUUUACGGCAGAAAAAAAGUAUUCUUGCUUGGAAACGCUUUCCUGGGCGCCAUUACGCUCGGUUGCGCCUUCCCCACAAAGGUGCUGACGCUCGAGGUGCUACGGGGAAUACAAGGAAUUGGCUCUGCGGCCGUGAUACCCGCCUCGUUAGGCAUUCUCGCAGAGACUUUCCCUCCGUCUCGCGCCCGUUCGAUGGCGUUUGCUACGUUUUCAGCUGGUGCACCCAUUGGUUCAGUAUUCGGUACUGCGAUUGGAGGAGUCCUUACACAAUACACGGAAAAUUCUUGGAGGUCGAAUUUCUACUUGAUGACUGGGAUCGUUUUUCUGUGCUUUGUUGGGGGUCUGUUUUUUUUCGACAAAGAUGAACCCUCGCCAGAGCUUGACCAACGCGUGGACUGGCUUGGCGCAUUGCUUGUGACCGCUGGCCUGGUGUUAAUCGUCUUUGUGCUCGGUCAAGGCGAGCUCGCUCCAAAGCAGUGGGCUACACCAUACAUAAUUGCUUUGCUGAUCGUCGGGGUAAUUCUGGUCGUCUUGUUCGUAUGUUGGCAGAUGUAUCUUGAAAGAAUCCAAGAUAGCCCACACGUCAUCUACUCGGUGUUCACGCCUCCGCCUUUGAUGAAAAUUUCACUUUGGAAGCGGGGAAAUGGAAGGUUUGCUGCGAUGAUGCUUGUUGCAUUCUUAAAUUGGUGCUCUUUCCUCGGCUGGACGUUCUGGACGCAGUUAUAUUACCAAGAUUACAAAAACCUUCCCCCCAUCUUGACUGUGGUCCGAUUUUUGCCCAUGUUCGUUUCUGGGAUGCUCUGUAAUCUAUUCAUUGGUGUCAUGGCGGCCCGUAUCUCCCUUGUCUACCUCGCAGCGAUUGGUACUCUCUGCACCGCGGCCGCUUCCCUCUUAUUUGCGUUGAUGGACACCCGCAUGACAUAUUGGGCUUUCGGGUUUCCCGCGGCCACCAUCGUCGUUGUGGGUGCGGAUUUUGUAUACGCGGCCGGAACCCUCUUCAUCGCCAAGAUUUCUCUUCCGCACGAGCAGAGUCUAGCUGGCGGCCUUUUCCAAACAAUGACGCAGCUGGGAACAUCGGUGGGGAUCACGGUAACCACCGUUGUAUUCAAUCGCGUGACAAGCAGAAACGGUCCUGACGUUGAUAACAUCGCAAGUUAUCGCGCAGCACAAUGGACUUCCUUUGCGUUUGGAAUCUUGGGAACGCUGCUGUCUAUUCUAUUUUUCAAAGGGGUCGGUGUCGUUGGGCAUCGCAAGCCGCCUACCGAUGCCGAUAAGACGGCAACGAAUAGUGAACAAGAAAUCAAGGCAUAG